CGAAGCAUCAUUGACCAAGGUAAGCAGUGAGGUCAUACCUUGGUCACAUUCAAUGACAGCGUAAUUCACAUCCCAAGGUUUUACUUACUCGAAGACUGCAGCAAUUAGGGAAGUCGUCUACAAAGACUGGAGGGCUUUCGUGGAUAUCUCCAAAGCCAAACGUAUCAUACUCUGCAAAGCUGCACCGAGACCAAACGCUCUUGAUCAAACUGGUAAGACUUGACUUCAUAUACACCCACCAAUACUGCAUCUUCAGCAUCAUGGGCUUCGGCAACGAAUACGAGGAGCAAGUUCGAGCAUGGGGUUUCGAGCGCGUCUUCACCUGGAGCGAUUCGCCAAACACUCACUAUCCACCACACUCACAUGCCGCUCUUACGACUCAUCUGAUCAUCGAGGGCUCGAUAACUAUUUGGUAUCCGCAAGAAAAGGACAGCCAGAAGCAGGUAUAUGGUAUAGGGUCACGUAUUGACGUCGAUGCAGGAAGGAUUCAUGAGGUCCAGGUCGGUGGAAGUGGGUGCACCAUGGUGAUAGGUGAAUAGGUGAAUGAGGAAAAGAGUGAACAGUUUCGCUUUUGUGUUGAGUUCUCGGACUUGAUUUCGACAACAAGGUCACUGAGUUCAUGGCUUAGGGUGGCUAUGCCUUCACAUAGUACACAUUGUAUAUAGUAAUGUCUAAAGCUCAGCAAGCAUCUUACACUCGUUCAAAUAGC